AUGUCACGUGCAAAUAUGCUUGGCGAAUCAAGCACAUGUGGUCAACCAUUCCGACAUAAAGCUAUGCAAGCGCAUUUCUUAUACAAAUUCCUUUCGCCACCACAUAAUACCACGAAAAUUGAUUCACCAUCAGGCGUGUUACGUUUUGUUCUUAUUGUGACAGUGGACGAGCUUGUAAAUGUCCUGAUCGAGAGGCGAAGGACGUCGUUACCUGCAGAAAAAAGACAGAAAGUUUCUAAUGAUUUAAAAGGUUAG